ACUCCUAUAAAUUCCUGCCUACAGCCUUCCCUCCGACCCCCGAUCCCUCUCUCUCUCUUCCCAUAUCUGUCUUUCUUUUUCAUCUUGGUCUUCUCUUCUCUCUUUCCCUGGUCCAAGUAGUAUUCAUAUAGAGGAUCACCAUGGGCGAGGCGUGUGAGGUGAACGGGUACUACUCUGUCAUGGAGGCUCCCAAAUGCAACGGAGAUGUGCAGGCUCACCAGAUGGAGCUUCGCCGGCAGUGUUGCUGGUAUGAAGAGGAGAUCGAUGUUGACCUGCGAUGGUCCUUCGCUUUAAACAGUGUACUUCACACAGGAGCCAGUGAGUAUCAGGACAUCACCCUGCUGGACACAAAGCAUUUUGGCAAGGCUUUAAUAAUAGAUGGCAAGAUGCAGAGUGCAGAGGCGGAUGAGUUUAUAUAUCAUGAGUGCUUGGUUCAUCCUGCCCUCCUUUAUCAUUCCAACCCCAGAAAGAUCUUUAUAAUGGGAGGGGGUGAAGGGUCUACUGCAAGAGAAAUACUGAAGCAUAGAAGCGUAGAGAAAGUGGUCAUGUGUGACAUUGAUCAGGAAGUUGUUGAUUUCUGUCGAAGAUAUCUGCAUGCGAAUAGAGAGGCUUUCCGCAACCAAAAGCUGCGGCUGGUGAUCAACGACGCGAGGUUGGAAUUAGCAGAAAGCAGAGAAAAAUUCGACGUGAUAGUGGGAGACCUUGCUGACCCUAUGGAAGGAGGGCCAUGCUAUCAACUAUACACAAAGUCCUUCUAUGAGACUAUAGUCAAGCCCAAGCUUAAUGCUGAUGGCAUUUUUGUAACACAGGCUGGACCGGCUGGAGUGCUUACCCACAAAGAGGUGUUCUCUUCAAUCUACAACACAAUCAAACAUGUAUUCAAGUAUGUGCAGGCAUACACAGCACAUGUCCCAUCGUAUGGAGACACUUGGGGCUGGGUUAUGGCCUCGGAUCAGCCGAUUUUACUGGACGCCAAGCAGAUAGACAAGAGAAUUGAAGAAAGAAUACUUGGCGAGCUUCUCUACGUGGAUGGCCGUUCUCACCUUUCCUCCACAAUCAUGAAUAAAUGCGUUUAUAACUCGCUAAUCAAAGAGACUCACGUCUACACGGAAGAGAAUGCACGAUUCAUCCAUGGCCAUGGAAGGGCUUACUGCCACUGAAGAUCCAGGACGUGGAUGUCGUCUCCCAGCGUCUCAUAUAUUCUCGAAUAGUCGAUGCAAAGAUCAUGAGUCUUCACAACAAAGGAAACUCAGAAUGCUUGUCUCUACAGAAAAACUCAGCAAUAUGUUCACAUAAUGAUGUCAGCAAAUCCAGAGUAUAUCUACUUUAUAGAAAGAAAAAAAUAUAUGUUAAUGAACUCUAUGAAAUGAUCUUUGUAAUUAAUGUGUGUGAGUUGAUCUAA